AUCUUGCUUAAUUUUCGUUGUUUCUUUUUAUUAGCGACACGGUGCUUUAUGUAGAGGUUUUCGCGAUCAAGAAGUGACCAUUUUUUAUCAGCUCUCGGUUUGUUUACAUCUUCCCAAUAUUUACUCUUUGAAAUUCCGUAUUAACGUACUCAAAAGGAGAGUGUUCAAGUGUGAAUAGACUAGUUUUGACUUGUAGCACGAUCAUCUAAAAUGAUGUAGUAUUGAACACAUCUUUUGCCUCGAUCCAAUAGAUGUAUUCUGGAAGCGAUCGUAAUCUUGUAGUCGUGUUAUUGCAGUUGUGAAUCCCCCUUGGUGUGUUCGUGCUCUGACGUCACUUGGUACGUGUAGGGUCAGCUGAAACCACGAGAAGGUCGUAGAUACCCACCCGGCUUUGUGUGCAUUUGUUGACUGUACGUUAACAGCUCUUUCCCUAUCUCUAACCCUUCGGCCGUCGUCAAAACCUGCUGUUCCUGCUUGUUAUAAUUCAAUUUCUUUAGCUUUCAAAGCCGGUAUAAUUACCUCCGCUGUCUUUGUGAAUAGCUAAUGUUAAUUUGGAGGGUUUUGCACAGCAUUUAACUCCGAGGCAACUGGUAUCUCAUCAAAGGAAUUACUCAAGCUGGUGCACAAUUUAGACGAUACUGGGACCUUACAACAAACCCUUUUCGCGAGCAGGUUGUUGGAUUUCACUGUCUUUUUAAUCUACGGAAAAGGAAAAUUAUUCACAAAACAACAACCGGUCAGACGAAACGACUAGAGAGAUUAUUCAACAAAAAAAAAAAGACAACGCCGCGAAACAACGCCCCGCGCGAGAGACGUCAGACAAAUCAGGGCUUCGCUCGGGUUAAUGUCACCAGCGUGCGAUGAGCGCUCUUGCCCAGGAUUUAACCCGAUUAUCCUCAAACCGCAAGUUGCAUGAUAAAUCUAAGUGGCGUUGCGACUGCUAUGGAACACCACCAUUUAUUAUUAAUCAGAUUUGAACUUUGUGGAUCUAAGCGUCUAUUUUUCACAAGUGGUCGGUUUAGAAGUCGUGCUUGUUACGCCAGGGGUAAGCCAUCAUAUCAUCUCUGUGUACACUGUGGUUUAUGCUUUAAAAAGUAGCAAUUUAAUCUGGCGCAACCAUCAUUCUCUGCCUUCCUUCGCGUUGAAAUCUUCUGCGUAAUUUCCCAGUACGUUGUGAGCCAUUCACGUUAACUGGAACAACGGUGCAUGCCUUUUGUAUGUUUGGAUUAAGCGAUAAUCAAUUCAGAUACACGAUUUGGGCUGUACACCGCACAGACAAGUGCUGAUUUACAAACUUACCGGCUACGUGCUAGCGAUAAACAUAUACGCCGCUCUAUCUUUGCUGAUGGACAUUCAAGAACAAUCAUAACCGCGUAACAUUAAAGGCGGAAUAUAAAACAACGGAUAACAGAUUACCUUGGAGAUCUUAAAAAGGAUAUAAUCAAGCAGUCGCAACAAGAAUACGACAUUUUCUCACUUUAUUCAGCCACCAGUUAUAUUAAUGGGGGCAAGGAUUCGUUACUGAAAAGCGUAUUUGGGAUUCAGGAAUAUCGAUAGCUAGUGUCAUCACUAUGAAUACGACUUUUUUAAACGCGUCAAGUUUUGUGGAUAACUCAACGCGUUCCUCACAGGAGUCGCUGUCCUCGCGUGGAGGCAAAGUCUUCGCUUACGUUUUUAUUCUUGCAAUCGCUCUGGCGGGAAAUUUUUUUAUUAUCCUCGCGAUGAAGCGGGAGCACCGGCGGCUGCGCGCGCUCACGUACCUGCUCAUCACAAGCAUCGCGGUCUCAGAUCUCCUGAUGGCGGCGUGGAGUAUCCCAGAACGCAUCACGCGUAUUAUUGUGAAUGACCGCUGGCUGGUGUCCGGUAUCACGGGCUUGCUGUUGUGCAAGGCGGUGAAUUACAUCGAGAAAGUAUCGAUAACCGUUUCGGCACUGCAUAUACUUGCGCUAGCAUUUCACCGGUUUAUUAUAAUAUACUGUAGCAAAAAGCCACAUCGUCGAUCCCAAGCGAGAAAAGCAGGGUUUAUCUCGAUCGCUCUUAUGUGGCUGUUCUCUAUCGUCUACUGGUCGCCCAUCUUGUACUAUGGAGGGCUCUUAAAAGACGGCCCAAAUGUCUUCUGCAAGACACGCUCGUUCUACCCCAACUGGAAAGUCAUCUAUCUUGUUUUUCUAACGCUACUCUUAGUGAUCUUAGUCCUUGUCCUGAUUCUUUACGGGGCAAUAGCCCUGCGACUUUGUAGAAGCAGACCACAGGAAGAACGACAGGAUGAGGGGUGCAAUCUCCAGAGGGAGGGAAACCUACAGCGACCGGACGGGUGCGAUUCUCGGGAGGGUUGUCUUCAGCCUAUGGAUGGAUGUCUUCAGCCACGGACGGCUUACCUCCAGCAUCAGGAUGAGUACGAUCAACGGCGGGAGGGUUACCUCCACCCACGGGACGGGGGCGAUCAGCCUCGGGAGGGGCUCAACCCGGAGGACCCCUAUGCGCACGUGUCCUCAAGCACCCGUCGCCGCACUGCGACCAUGGUGGCGGUGAUGGUGACCGCGUACUACGGCUGCUACUUGACCUACUGGAGUGGCUGGAUCCUGUGUUCGUUCAGGAGAGUGUUCUGUGACGAUGCGUUCACCUUCAUCUCCAUCUUCUUGUCGUACGCCAGUGUCGCCGUCAAUCCGCUCAUCUGUCUUAUAUUCAGUCGAAGGUACCGCUCCGCGCUCUCGAAGAUGCUCAAAGACAGAUCCAAGCACGUGGCGCGACCAUGACGACGGUCACCAUGGUGACGCAGGGGACAUGAUUGGCAUGACGAUUAUUAACAUGGCUGUGACUGACGUGGCGAUAAAUGAAAAGACCGUGGAAUGACGAUCAUUUGUGGGACGAUUAUCGAUUUUAUGAUGAUUGACAGGAUGUUAUACACAUGCCGUUAACCAAGGUCAAUGAAUCUCAAGGUCUUUAGUCUUAGAGCUCGAUUUAUUGAUAUUUCAACUAACGCAUGUGUCAUGUUCUAAGACAACUCUUCUCAGGGUUGUAACAUGGAUCCACCGAUCUGUUUGCUCCCAAACGUGAUCAUCUGAACGUGAACAUCAUUCUCACUACCCAGCCCUAGGAUGCAAUUAAUUUAAUUCUUAAUAGAAUUGGAAUCUGUCCAAUAGACUGCCGACAACCCCAACCAAACUGCAGCAGUCGUUUCUUUUGCGUUCAUUUUUUCUUUUGUUAUACUGUACGACCAGACACCUAUUUCAAAAACCUUCAGCGCUAAUGAAGAUUGGCAAAUCUGCAACCAAAAAGAACCAUGGAUCUCCAUAUAUUUCUAUAAAAUUCCGGAAAAAUAUGAAGAAAUCGUAGAAUCGAUUCAUUAAAGGUCAUUGAUGUAUGGUUCUGGUAUGACUAGAGUUUAAUUAUCACAUCUAUUUGUCAUUCUCCGUUUGCGCUUACAUAGCCUUUUUAAAAACAUAGGUGAAUAUCGUAUUUGUCCUUGAUGGUUCGAUUUCCCCUGAUGGUUUGAUUUCGUUGAUGGUUUCGAUUUCCCCGGAUGAUUCGAAUUCCCUUGUUUUAUUCUAGCUAAACACUGAAUACGCCUUGUUUUAUACUAGCAGCGGUUUAUUCCAGCUAAAAAGAGUACUUCAUAGUUGUCUGCUUGAUGUCGCAAACGAGAAAUACCUGAUGGAACGGUCUGUAUUAGUCCAAAUAUAACAUUCCACUUACAUAUGCGCAAAACUUGACACGUAUGCGUCUGAUUCGAAGCUAAUGGCACAAUUACCCCCAUGUUAAGUGAUCAUCCAUUAUCACAGCUACUCACACUGCGAACUCCAUAGAAAAGCGAAUAUCCAUUACUGUAUAACGUGCGGUCUAGCGCGUGAAGCGAAAACAUCUAACAAUAUUCAGCCGCGGUCUGACCCUUUUUAGCAAUCCCCUUCAUUCAUUAUUUGUCUAUCCUUUUCUUCAAGCGACAUGAACCCUCUUACAGUGCCUAUCUGCCACACCCUAGUUACUGUUUGUAACCAAUUUUGGACGACAAAUUUUAGUUGGGAAUUGAAAUAAACACCUAAAAGAUAUGAAAA